GAAGACGACGACGCUACGGUCGCAGUCCGACUACGACCGACCGCCGCUGGCGCCUCCACCACGAACGAUCCCACAGGUGUACCAUCUUCUCCACUCUUGCGACUCCGACGACUCGAUUCACGCACUAUACGAGCAAAUUCUUCUACUUCUUCUUCGUGUCUUCCACCGUAUUCUGUGUACUAUCACCUUUUUCUUCUUGCGUAUCACGCUGACGAUUUGUUUAUUAGUCGUGAUAGCUUCUGCGUUUCUGACACGAGUGUGGUCGCCGAAACAGAUUUUUUUCUACGUUAUCGUGUUCGCGAUACAGAUACUCGUACAUGUCUGGAGGUGUUUUAAUAAGGUAGUUUAAAACGAUAUAUUGUACCGUGUAUACUUUGUUUCAUCAAGUAUCAAUUUGUGAUUUCGUUUUUGAUUGAUAUUUUGUCACACUUACGAAUGCGGCGUACGUAAUUUGACGAGUUGUAAUCGCGAGUUGUGUUUUAAUUACGGUGUCGUAAUGACGAUAAUGAUGAUUAUGCUGAUUGUGACGGUGGUGAAGUGAAGUAUACAUAUAUUAUUGAUUUGAUACAUCGUGCGGAUUAUCGUCGUUGUCGUUGCUGCCAAUUUAUUACGUAAUUCUUGCCGGGAACGUCCGAGUAAACUUUUAUUGCUCGAGUGUCACAUCGAAAUCAAUUAUGCCCUGCAGAAGAACCCUGUGGUUACUCGCUGUAUUCUGCGCUUACUCGCUAACCGCCGCAGACGAGACCACGACACCGGAAUGGUCAAACAUCACGACACUGCCCACACCACACGGAUUCGUCUUCAACUCAACCGAUGGGUCAUCGAACUCCACCACCCCUCCUUCGUUCGAGCAUGCUGAUAACGAAACAGACGCUUCGAAUUUCAUCGUCACCGAUUACGCGAAUAGCGUAGAUUCCAAUUCCACAUACUUGGAACAUUUCACCAAGUUCAACUGGACCGUGUUAGACGGUUUCGAUUACACGUUCGGAGGCACCGAUGACGAAGGAGUGAAACAUUCCGCCGGCGAAAAUAAUAAUACAACUGGUGGCAUCGCCGCCGCCGCCGCCUUCUUCAAUAACACCAACGAUGACAACAACAGUAACAAUAAUAAAUCGCGCACCGGUUACGAACGUAACCUGAUGGUCGUGCUGCCGGUCAUGCAAGGUAAUUCGGAUUUGACUAAUUCUAAUUUACAAGUAUUGUACACGAAACCUCCGGUAACCGCGAUUAUUGGAGGAGAACAGAGUAACGAGAGUAAGAGAGGCGAGCCACAGGCGCAAGCACGAACUACAAUUAGACUGAUAGAAAAUCAAGUAAUGGAUUACGCCAGUACGACUACGCAAGAUCCAGUACCAGUAGUUGUCAAUAAACUCGAACGUAUCGAUCACGAGUUCGAUCUUCCGCCUCCACCCUCGAUAAAAAGGCAAGAUUUCAAACGACAUCCCUACACCGAUUUCUUAUUCGGUAAACCUUCCGGGUCGAAGCCAAAAUCCCCCCUUGAUUACGGGUACCCUGAUACGUUGAAGUUCAUCGAAGACUUCAACGAGGUGCCCAAGAACCACCGACCUGAUUGGAAUCUACCAGAAGUGGCUCCAACAUCGAUGACUACAAAGAAAUCCGCAUCUUUCGGGGUCACGAAACGAGACCCCUUCCAGAUGUUCGAAUCAGUCAAGCCUUUGGAAAUCAAUAAAUUACUAUCCUUCAAACCGAUCCCAGUCACCGAUAGUAUCGUCGAAGAAACAACCCAUCAGAAAAAGAAACACCAACACCAGUUUCUAGACCUUUCGACAGAGCUGCCAGUCAGACAGAUCUCCAAAAGACCAUCGAAAAGACCUGGUAAAAAACCGCAGAAAAACAAGACCACCGUGUUGACUAAAUUCCAACCACAAUUCUUCCCAGAGGUCACCACCAAAGCUACUAUUUUCUCACCAUCCAUCGAAGACAUUUACGCCUCCAGCAAGUACUCCAAUUCGCUGCAACAAACCACUCCUGGGUUUCUGCCCACACCUUAUAGAGAACCUUCGGUAAUCGAGAGGACUGUCGAGACCACCACACCCAGAGGUAUGACGACUGAAUCGCUUCCAACUUCUUCCACCGUAUCAGAAAUCACCAGAGAAGAGAUCAGCAGCACGUACUCUAGUACCACUCCUAGCACGACUGUCGUAGUCACCAGUACCACUUCGACCACUGUAACUGAACCUGCAACCAUCUCAACAGCCACUACAACUACCACAACAACCACUCAGACACCUAUUCCAACCACUCAAUCGACCUCUGCAUCAACCAUCAACACCACUUUACCCAUCAGUACAACAGAAUGUUCCACUGAUCACAAAAAACACCAAAUUAAACCUUCGGAUUUGAUCAAUCUGAAGAAAAUCCUCGACGAAGAGUUCGGAUCAUGGCCUAAACGCACCACUGAACCCACCACAGUCAAAACUCCUGCACCUAGUGGAGAUGUACUGACGAGUGAAAUGAGAACCAUGUUGAUUGCUCUGGGAUUACUUAAACCAGAUGGUCAAAUCAGAGACCAACUUCCAGUUUUCACCACAACAACCACCACCAAUAAUUACCUCGAGGAGAUGUUGAUGAAACGUGAUCCAGUCACUCCGACCAUCGAUCCGCAUUCCUACGCCAAUUUCAAGAAAAUCCCCAUCGAUUUCGGCCGGCCAAGUGAAAGAUUACCGGUGAGUGAUGACAUGAAAGAUCUGCUGGCUUCUUUUGGCCUUCUGCCUAGGAGAUCCCUGCAUACAUCGUUGCUUCACAGAAUGACACGUCAGCAAAAAAUGUUGGGCAAUGGCAAACCAAUAAAUUUCACAACUGUUGAUCUGAGCAGUUCCCCCAACAACUUGGAAACCAAUUCCACCACCAUUGAGGAUGCUGAACCCACCUCGAUCGAUGAUCCUAAACCCACCUCGAUCGAUGAUCCAAAUCCCACCUCAAUCGAGGAAACCAACCCGACAACUUUCGAAGAAACCAAUCUCACCUUCAACGAUACCGAGCCUCUUUUCGAGAGCUUAGACUCCCUCACAGCUCUACCUUUCAAUUACGUACCUCACGAAAAAGGCCACGUUUUCCACCCCACAAUCCACUUGGAAACCCUUGGCGACGAAUCGAAAUUACGUAAAAUCCACCACGUAAUCGAAACCAUUAAGAAACUAUCGCAUCAAGACAACAUAUCGGUCGAAGAAAUCGAAACCCACUUAGAAACCAUUACCUCUUUGGUGAGCGACGAAGCCGCCAUCAAAGACCCAUUCUUAUCCGAACUGCGCAACAUCGUUGCCAAAACCAAAUCAAAACUCAAACACUACAAAGAUAAAACCAUCGAUCUCAAAACAAAUUCCGACUUGAACUUCAACUCUGACGAGUCAUCCAUUGUCAGCACAUACUCAACUCGGACCAAUCUAACCGAUCUUACGCAGGCGAUCGAUGCACCCAAUCCUUUAUCCACCGAAGAAUUGCAAAACCUUCUGGAAGCUCAUAAAAACGAAGUCAAACGUCAACAGCCCACCAACAACACCAGUGGCAGUGCCCCAAUCCCAGACUUGGCAGCGUCUUUUGGCGGAGGAGAGACGGCGAGCGAUGCACCUACUCCAGAAGAUCUCCCAACAGGCAAACCGAACGGUUUGUAUUUCUUUGUCGAUUGGAAUACCUUCCUGAAUGUAGGAGAAGCUGAAAAAAAUCCGGUUAGGGUUAGGUUCUCUCCUAGGGCUGGAAAUCCGCGAAAUUUCAUUCCAAUCACAUUGCCAUAACAAAUCGAGCUUCAGCCAGCCGGUAUUUAAUUAAUUAGUUCGGACAUAUGCUAGUCUUUUAGGUCAGUUCAUAAAAGAGGAUUCAAUCGCAUAACUAAUCCUCGCCUUGUAUAAAUAUUGUAUUUUUAUUUGUGUUGAACGAUUGAGAAAAAUCAAAAACAUGAUUUUUUUGAGUCGAGUAUCGAAACGUCACACUGGCAGAUAGUGUUGUGUUCCUCAAAGAUGAAAGUUUUCACAUCAGGAAGCCAGAAAUGUGACGAAACAGAAACAAUGUGUGCAUAAAAGAUCAUUUCCCCCAUUUUAUCGAUACUCGUCUCGAAAUUUCAAUUAUUAUAUUUUUAUAUUCGUGUAUGUACUAUUUUAAAUGCUCGUGUAGAAA